AUGCCGAAGGAGUUCCAUUUCCGGGAACUGAAAAAAGCGACGAAUAAUUUCGAUGAAAAGAGGAAACUUGGUCAAGGUGGAUAUGGGGUGGUUUACAAGGGGGUGUUGCCGGAGGAUAAUGUGGAAGUCGCCGUGAAAUGGUUUUCAAGGGAAAGUUUGAAGGGAGAAGAUGAUUUCUUGGCUGAACUCACCAUCAUCAACCGUCUCCGGCAUCGUCAUCUUGUUCGAUUAUUGGGAUGGUGUCACAAGAACGGGAAGCUUCUAUUGGUUUACGAGUACAUGCGAAAAGGCAGUCUUGACAUGCAUCUGUUUACAGGAACCGGUGAGCCUUUAAGUUGGGCCCUCCGAUACAAAGUCAUAGUCGGCGUCGCCUCUGCCCUCCACUACCUCCACUAUGAAUACGACCAAAAAGUCGUCCACCGUGACAUCAAAGCUAGCAACAUCAUGCUCGAUUCCAAUUUCAACGCCCGUCUUGGAGAUUUCGGCCUCGCGCGUGCCCUCGAUAACGAAAAAACCUCGUACGCGGAAGCAGAAGGCGUACUGGGAACCGUCGGUUACAUCGCCCCCGAAUGUUUCCACACCGGAAAAGCCACUCAACAUUCCGAUAUUUACGCUUUUGGCGCUCUACUAAUCGAGGUUGUAUCCGGUCAACGCCCGGGGACAAAAAUCAACGGGUUCCAGUUCAUGGUGGAUUAUGUAUGGUCGUUGUAUCGUGAAGGGCGAAUCUUGGAAGCGGUUGAUAAGCGUAUUGUGGAUGAUUAUAACACCGAGGAGGCGAACAGACUAUUGUUGUUAGGGUUAGCUUGUUCGCAUCCGAUAGCGGGCGAGAGGCCGAAAACACAAGCCAUUGUCCAGAUGAUAUCGGGGGCACUGCCUGUGCCCCCGGUACCACCUUUCAAGCCAGCUUUUGUGUGGCCUGCGAUGAUGUCCAUCGACGAUAUGUCGAUGGCCACAUCGAUCGAUACGACACCGUUAUCGAUCAGUCAGUAUGAGACUGACUGGAGCCCACUAAGCCGGGAAAAUUACUCGGGGUAUACGGACCGAUCCAUGGUUUAGUUUCUUUUGGUAUGGCUAUAACCUUUGGGGGUGAAUUCUUUAUCUUGUGAUUUUAUUUGUGAGGCAGGAGAAAAUUCUUCUGGUUGUUAUAAUAUUGGGAUCUUGUGUUUUGUAGUUAACACUAUAUUUCUUUGUUGAUAGGAUACGGAACAAGAAAUGCUCGUGUAUAAAUUUUAUGGGCUUUGUCUUUUUUCUUUGUAAAACAAGUUUACUCUUUUUUGUUUCUUCUUUCAUUCAUUUAUAUUUGUUUGUACCUUCCUGAAGAAUAUUUUAGUUAACAAUGAAAUAGUCAAGUAGAUACUUAAUUCUUGUGCGCAU